CAGUUUGCCGGAUUAAAUUUUUAGGCAACUCAAAUUAAACAUGGGCAUGUGUUCUACUGUAUUACACAACAAAAUAUAAUAUUAACAGAUACGGUAACGAACUGAGCUUUAUCGAAAUGGCUGACAUUGAUGAAAAAGAACUAAAUUCAUUAGUUCUUCCCUGUCUGUUGCCUGCUGCUACAUUAGAAGUAAAGAAAAUGGCAUUGGAUGUUGCUGUUUCAUACUCUGAACAUGAAGUCGGUAAAAAAGUCUUGUCAAAAUCAGAAACUUUAAAAUACUUUAUGAUGUUAACUGCAGAAUCUGAUUGUGCAGUUUCAAAACAAGCAUUUACUAUUUUAAUUAACAUUCUUGCUGAUACUGAUAUUGCUGAAAAGUUCCUGGAAAUCCAAGAAGCUAAAGCCUUUGGAUUGGAAGCUUUUGAUAAAAUUACUGACAGGGAAUUUGAGUCUGCAGACAUGAUGUGUAUGUUACUUUCUAAUGUGAGCCGAACUGAGCAAUGUGCUGCCAUUAUAACUAAAUGGUUUCCUGAAGACAAAAUUAAUGGUAUUGUUGAGAAAAUAGUUUCAGCCUUGGUAGAACUAAAUUAUAACAAAAAAGGCUGUUAUUUGCAUCAUUUAUCUCUUGUGUUGUGCAACUUGUCCCAAGUUUCUCAAAUUCGUGCAAUAUUACUUGACAAAGAAAGACGGCUGAUUACUAAACUCAUAUCAUUCCUGUCUUUUGAGAAAUCCACAAUCAGAAGGAAAGGCUGUGCUGGUGUUAUAAAGAAUUGUUGCUUUGAUACAAGUUGCCACGAUUGGUUACUAAGUGACGUAGUUGACAUUUUGCCUUAUCUACUCUUACCUCUGGCUGGUCCGGAAGAAUUUGAUGAUGAAGACAAUGCCAGCUUACCACUGGAUCUCCAGUACCUUUCACCUGACAAAACUCGGGAAACUGACCCAGAAACACGAAGAACAUUGAUUGAUGCAGUUUUUCAGUUGUGUGCCACAAAAGCUGGACGGACCUAUAUCAAAGAAAAGAACACUUAUAUUAUCAUGCGGGAACUACAUAAAUGGGAAACUGACAAAGCUAAUGACAUAGCCAUCCAAAACCUUAUUGACAUUCUCAUUGGAGAUGAACCAGCAAAAGAACAUGAAGAUCUUAGCAAUGUGGUUGUUCCUGAGAAUCUGAAGAAACAAUUUUUGAAAGAAGAUGAAGAAGAUCUUAAAAUGAUAUCUGAUGACUCUUAGAAAUAUUUUGAAAUUUUCAGAUUAAGUUUACUGCAUCGCUUCUAUUGAUUACAUGGUUAUCUGUUCAAGCUUACUACUGCUAAGAUAUGUUGUAACCCCUGUCAACAAGACUCCUGACUGUGCUUAUUUACUUCAGUGUCUUGUUGAUACCAGGGACCACAGCAAUUUUAUUAAUGAACAGUGAAUGACUUUUAGCAUUAAAACUGGCCAUAUCCAACCUAAA